UUGCUCGUUGCAAUCACACACACCGAGGCGGAUGAUCGCUGGUGCCGAGAAAAGAUGCAGCUGACCAAGGGACGCCUGCGAGCCUCACUGGGAGCCUUCCUGGCGUACGCGUUCAUCUUCGACUACGCCGUGUACGUGUACAACCCAUGGCAGAACUGGCCCGAGAUUUUCCGCAAACCGAACCAGAUGCGGCUGCUGCUGGUGGCGGACUCGCGGCUGUCCUACUCGUCGGGCGUGUCGCUAUCUGCGUGGGACGACGAGCGGUUCGUGCGGCGCACCUACCGAGCCGCCCUGGAGCACGUGCGGCCCCACGCGGUCGCCUUCCUGGGCGACGUGUUCGCCGAGCCGCCUGCGCUGCCCAACGAUACGCAGGAGCUCAGACAGCGCUUCUGGGAUGUCUUCGGGCCGCUCAACGAGUCCAUCGUGUCGGUGGUGCUUCCCGGUGAGCGAGACUUGGGCACCGAGCCGGAUGACCCGCGCACUGCGUCGCUGGCGCGCGCAUUCCGCCGCGAGUUCGGCGCUGCCAGGCCUCGUGUGCUGGCCGAAGGCUUCGAGCUGUUCCCCGUCGACUCGUUGGUCUUCGAGCAGCUGGCCCGGGACGCGCCGGCGCGAGAGGUGCGCCCGGGCUCGGUACGGGUGAUGCUGUCGCAUGCACCGGUCAUCCCGCUGCUGGACGUGCGCCUCAACUGGACCGUGACUCUGGCCAGCCCCGACGUCAUCUUUUCGGCCCACGAGCUGGCGUCCGCACUCAUCCGGACCACCAGGCGCAACCCGACCGAUUUCGCGAGCAUGGUGAACGCGGAGCAGGGCCAGCUGGAGCGCUACCUGGUGUCGCAGGAAGACUUUCUCGAGCUGGUGGUGCCGCCCUGUUCGAGCCGCGUCGCGUACCACACGGGCUACGGCGUCGCCCUCUUCAACAAGCCGAUGGGCGGGGAGGCCAGCUUCGACUACGCCGUGCUGUGGACACCCAUGCGUGCGCUGCACCUGUGGGGCUACGCGGUGGUGACCGCCUACGGGGUUACUAUCCUAGUCCUGCCACUCGCACAGCUGGCGCGAUUACGCUGGGCCUGGCGCAAGAACUUUAUGCGCUGACUGCCGGCAGUCGAUCUUUGUUUGUGUGUUUCGACUACGCAUUACGUUAGGUUUCGCAUUAAA